CGAAGGACGUUCGUUGGUCUAAAUCACUCAAAUUGGGCGUGACUGUAUUUGUUGUUGUUUCUGGGGCAAGAAGUAGCUAGCUAGUUAGAACAGUCCGCUAUUUAAGAAUAUAUUUCGUUUAAAUAAUUUAAUACAAAAUUACUGUUCGUCUUACUCAUUAUAUGAUAGCGUUGGUUACGUGAAGAGUCGGUGGGAAAGAUCGGUGUGGAAUUUUCACUUGUAUUUGUUUUUAUUACGUGUUUCCAAAGAAGAUGGACAGUCAGUACCAGCGCUCUGUACCACUGGAGGUGAGGAGGGCAGAGGGUGAGAGGGUGCGAGCCAAGCAUCCCGACAAGAUACCGAUCAUUGUGGAGAGGGCUGCCAGGUCAAGAGCUCCUGACCUGGACAAGAAGAAGUACCUCGUGCCCUCUGACCUCACAGUGGGUCAACUGUGCUUCCUGAUCCGACAGCGUGUGUCUAUGAGGCCUGAGGAGGCUCUCUUCUUUUUCGUCAACAACUCCCUUCCCCCAUCCAGUUCUCCUCUCUCUGCUGUCUAUGAGGAGCACCAUGAAGAGGACCUGUUCCUAUACAUGACCUAUAGUAACGAGAGUGUCUACGGUGCCUGAGACGGGACAAAAAGGAGGAAAGAGAGAGAAAGACAGGAGAUGAAGAGAGGAGAUGGGAGAGAGCUCUUUGUAAUAUUUCACCACUAUUAUUCUUAAGUAUUUAGGAGAUGGCUGUGGGGAGGAGAGAGGGUGGGGAGGAGAGUUAGUGGGUAAGGUUUGUAUACAUUUUGUCAGUAUUUUUGGGGUGAUCAUAUUCUGUGUCAGUAUACUCUCAACCAUGGUAAGGCAUUCUGAAUUUGAAAAGUAACGGGGUAGUUGGAAAUGGGGGGAGUGAAAAAGAGAUUUCAGUAAAAGAAGAGUGUUAAGGGGAAAGCUCUUUUAUUUCUAUCUUUCUUUCUCAGCCAGCCAUCUGUAUUUAAUGCAAAUUGUAUUUUUUUUGUAAAUUAAUAUCAUGAAUUUUUGUGGAAAAUAAAAUUCAAAAUGCAUGGUUUG